AUGUUUUAUCACGGAUCCAUCAGCAGCUGUGGACCUCACCACACAGACCUCCCCCCUCACCACACAGACCUCCCCCUCACCACACAGACCUCCCCCCUCACCACACAGACCUCCCCCCUCACCACACAGACCUCCCCCUCACCACACAGACCUCCCCCCUCACCACACCCCCCCCACCACACCUCCCCCUCACCACACAGACCUCCCCCCCUCACCACACAGACCUCCCCCCUCACCACACAGACCUCCCCCCUCACCACACAGAUCUCCCCCUCACCACACAGACCCCCCCCCCUCACCACACAGACCCCGCCCCCUCACCACACAGACCUCCCCCUCACCACACACAGACCUCCCCCCUCACCACACAGACCUCCCCCUCACCACACAGACACCCCCCCCUCACCACACAGACCUCCCCCCUCACCACACAGACCUCCCCCUCACCACACAGACCUCCCCUCACCACACCCUCCCCCUCACCACACAGACCUCCCCCCACAGACCUCCCACACAGACCUCCCCCUCACCACACAGACCCCCCCCCUCACCACACAGACCUCCCCCCUCACCAACACAGACCUCCCCCCUCACCACACAGACCUCCCCCUCACCACACAGACCUCCCCCCUCACCACACAGACCUCCCCCCUCACCACACAGACCUCCCCCCUCACCACACAGACCCCCCUCACCACACAGACCUCCCCCCUCACCGCUGAGCUCUGA